AUGCUCGAGAGUGGGAUCGGCCACGAGAGGGCUCCCGGGACCGCGGUGACAAACUGGGUGGCGUGGGAUGACACAGAGGCGAACACGCGUCCCUCGAGAGGCUGGACGAGCGGUGACACUCGCGGGAGGGACAUCGCUCCUUCUGUGUGUGACCAGUCUGCAGUGCCACCAAUCUACAGGGCGAGUGCGACAGGAGCAGAGCUGGUCACACCUCCAGAGACCCGGGAUGAAGCUGAGGAGGAGGAGGAGGAGCGGUUCGAGAUCCCGCUUUUCCUUCGGGGUGAUGAGCUCAGCAGCGGCCUCUGGCACUGGGACAGUGCCACGCUCGGUUUGCUUUUCAUCGGGGCGGGGAUCGCGAGUGGCUCUGUGGGACCCUCGAAGCCGGGCAGACUGCCUGGCUCCAUCCCAAAACUUCCCAGCUCCCAGAUCGAUGGAGAUUCCCAGGUCUGGGCAGGUGAUGAGAAGCCCACCCACCACCCCAUCCCUUCCACCCCCGCGGCCGCCGCCUCCCCGCACGCCGCUUUCCCCGCCCGCCCCGUCCCGCGGAUCCCCGGGGGCGGGGGCCAGGUACGGCGGGGCGGGCCGGGCCGGCGGGGCGGCGGCGGGGGAGGGUCCGGCUGCGACGGCGGGCAGCUAAAGGCAGGUGUCCCCGGGAGCGGUCCCGGGCUGGCUCGGGGGUCCCGCGGCAGCCGGGGCCAUGCGGCGGGCGGCGGCCUGAGCGGGGCGGCCAUGGCCGGGGCGGCGGCGGCGGGCGGGGAGCGGCGGGCGGCGCUGACGGCGGUGAGGACCGAGGGUGCGGGGACCCCCGGUCCCGACGGUGGGACCCCCCCGCCGCCACCCCCGCCCCGCCGCCGGGGGCUGCUGGCGGGGCCGCUCCCCGGAGCCGCCCCCCGCCCCGCCGGGGCCCCGCGCUGCUGCCGCCGCCGCCUCCAGAACUGCCUCUACAACGUGCUGGAGCGGCCCCGCGGCUGGGCUUUCAUCUACCACGUCUUCAUAUUCCUCCUCGUCUUCAGCUGCCUGGUGCUGUCGGUCUUCUCCACCAUCCAGGAGCACCAAAAAUUGGCCAAUCAGUGCCUCUUCAUCCUGGAAUUCGUGAUGAUCGUGGUGUUCGGCAUGGAGUACAUCAUCCGAGUGUGGGCCGCCGGCUGCUGCUGCCGCUACCGCGGCUGGCGCGGCCGCUUUCGCUUCGCCAGGAAACCUUUCUGCGUGAUAGAUUUCAUCGUGUUCAUCGCCUCGGUGGCCGUCAUCGCCGCGGGCACGCAGGGCAACAUCUUCGCCACGUCGGCGCUGCGCAGCAUGCGCUUCCUGCAGAUCCUGCGCAUGGUGCGCAUGGAUCGCCGCGGAGGCACCUGGAAGCUGCUGGGCUCCGUGGUCUACGCCCACAGCAAGGAGCUCAUCACCGCCUGGUACAUCGGUUUCCUGGUGCUCAUCUUCGCCUCCUUCCUCGUGUACCUGGCCGAGAAGGACGCCAAUGUCCAGUUCGCCACCUACGCCGAUUCGCUCUGGUGGGGCACGGCCCCCCGCUGCUGCGUCCCCCCGCAGGUGACCCUGACCACCAUCGGCUACGGGGACAAGGCGCCGCAGACGUGGCUGGGCCGGAUGCUGGCGGCAGGAUUCGCCCUGCUCGGCAUCUCCUUCUUCGCUCUGCCCGCCGGGAUCCUGGGCUCCGGCUUCGCCCUCAAAGUGCAGGAGCAGCAUCGGCAGAAGCACUUCGAGAAGAGGCGGACUCCGGCGGCCAACCUGAUCCAGGCUGCCUGGCGCCUGUACUCCACGGAUGCCAGCCGGGCGUACCUGACGGCCACGUGGUGUUACUACGACAGCCUCCUGCCCGCCUUCAGAGAGCUGGUCCUUAUGUUUGAGCAUUUGCACCGGGUCCGCAACGGAGGAUUUAGGAAUUCAGAGGUGAAAAAAUGGCCUGACAGAGGCCCACCGCCCUAUCACUCCUUCACCCCUGCCCAGAAAAGCUUCAGCCUGGCCGUGUGUUCAGGGGAAAGCUGGAAUGAGGAGGACGCGCAGCCCCACAAGUGUUUACGCCUCAGCAACAAGAUGGGCAUCAAGGAGAGGAUCCGGCUGAGCAGCUCCCAGCGCCAGGGCAGCCGAGGCCGGCAGCAGCACCUGGGGCCGCCCCUGCACCGCUCCCCCAGCACCGAGGACGUGGCUGAGGCGUCCAGCCCCACCAAGGUGCAGAAAAGCUGGAGCUUCAACGACCGCACCCGGUUCAGAGCAUCCCUGAGGCUCAAGCCGCGGACCCCCGUUGAGGCUGACUGCCCACCGGAGGACAGUGGCGAGGAGAGGAGCUCCCCCUGCGACCUGACCUUCGAGGACAUCAUGCCGGCAGUGAAGACCCUCAUCCGGGCUGUCAGGAUCCUGAAAUUCCUGGUGGCCAAGAGGAAAUUCAAGGAGACCUUGCGUCCCUACGAUGUCAAGGAUGUCAUCGAGCAGUACUCAGCCGGACACCUGGACAUGCUGGGCAGGAUCAAGAGCCUGCAGACGCGCGUGGACCAGAUCGUGGGCAGGGAUCGGGCGCUCCCUGCAGACAAGAAAGUUCGGGAGAAAGGCGAGAAGCCAGCGUUGGAGGGAGAGCUGGUGGAUGAGCUCAGCAUGAUGGGGCGCGUGGUCAAAGUGGAGCGGCAGGUGCAAUCCAUCGAGCACAAGCUGGACCUGCUGCUCGGUCUCUACUCGCAGUGCCUCCGCAAGGGCUCCACGAACUCCUUCAGCCUGGCCGCGGUGCGGGUGCCGCCCGGCGAGCCCGACAUCACCUCGGACUACCACAGCCCCGUGGACCACGAGGACAUCUCUGUGUCCGCCCAGACCCUCAACAUCUCCAGGUCGGCCAGCGCCAACAUGGACUGA